AUGGAGUUCUACGCCUCGGAUCAAUCUGUUGUCGAGUUGCAGCGCCUGCUGGGACUGUACAGGCCUAUCCUGGACCGGCAGGCUUUGUUGCAAUUGCCACAGGUGCCUGGAGCCAGUGGCGAGCUCGCCAAACAGAAUGUCCUUGGGGAUCCUCCCAUCGUCCGUUCUCCUGACGUGGCCAACCCACCAGAGCCGACGCUGGGUGAGCAGGACGAACAUGCUCGGGAUGCCUGCUUGAUCAAGGACGUUCUUGUUUGGGUCCUACCAGGUGAUUCCCAGGAUCCUCCUGAGGUUGCGCAGGUGGAGAGUGUUGAGCCUGCGCUCUUGGUGGGAGUAGAGGGUCCAAGGCUCGCUGCCGUAGAGCAGCGUGCUGAGGACGCAGGCCUGCUCAAGUUCCGGCCUGGCUUUGACCGGCCUCCUAGACCGCUGAAAGUACAGAUUCAACAGCAAAGGGAUGGGAACACUCCGAUCAUCGACGAGGAGACCUUUAAAUCCGUGUCGGGCAUCACGAGGCGACGCGGGGCCAUACGGCAUCAGAAGGUCCACAGCGUCAAAGGUCACAAGUUCGUGGCCAAGUUCUUCAGGCAGCCGACCUUCUGCGCCUUCUGCGGGGACUUCCUCUGGGGUUUCGGAAAACAAGGGUACCAAUGUCAAAUGUGCCAGUGCGCCGUCCACAAGAAGUGUCACGACAAAAUCCUGGGGAAAUGUCCAGGUUCUGGCAAGGAAUCGCAACAGACGAUAUAUUUGCGAGAACGGUUCAAGAUCAAUGUUCCUCACCGGUUCCAAGUCCAUAACUAUAUGUCACCGACCUUCUGCGACCACUGCGGUUCUCUCCUAUGGGGCGUUAUCAAGCAAGGGCUCAAGUGUGAGGGUGAGUAUUUGGUUUUUUGCUUUUAAUUUAUCUAUCUGUUUAUUAUUUUAUUUUAUUUAUUUAUUAGCGUUGAUGGUGCUGUUGAUUUUCCUCUGUGGGUGUUCGCUUUCAGGUUGAUUUUCGUUGUUAUUUUAUCUUGAUAUUUUUCUUCUGAAAAUAAGGUUCCAUUUGUUUUGUUUUUGUUUUGAUUAAGACGAUGUUGUUGAUUUUUUUUUGGGGGGGUGGGGGAGUAUUUUGGUGCUUCCCGUAAAUGGGUUUGUGGGGUAUAUAUAUGUCUGUUUAUGUGUAAAUCGCGUGGUUACUAUCUUUCUUAUGAUUUUGUCCAUGCUUUACCUCAUUCCCUCUUUUUCUGGCUUUUUAUUUCUCUCUUUCUUUUCCAUAUUGUUCGACACGCUUCAUCUCUCACGGCCUCUCUCUCGCUUUAUUUUUCUUCCCCCCUCUCUCU